GUGGCGCAGCUUGCCGGAUAGGGCAGCACCAGCGGCGGCUUCUCCUCCUCCUCCUCCUCCUCCUCCAGCUCCAGCCAGGCUGCGCUUCACCUGUAGGCGGCGGGGCUCCUCCAGUCUCCGGAGCCGGGCAAGGCGCCAGCGCGCGGCUCCCCCCCGCGCGUGGAAGCAGGGCUGGGGGCUCGUCGAGGCGCAGCAGCUCCGGCGGCGGCGACAGCAGCAGCAGCUCGGGAAGGUCCGAUCCCGCGGCGCUCUACCCGGCGCAAAGGACUUGGCCAACUUCGCCAGCCUCGGAGGACGGAGCAGGCAGGGCUGAAGCCAGGCGGAGAGCAAGGCUGAAGUCCCCGCCGCCGCCGCCGCCUCUUCCCCGCCAGGCAGGGCAGUGCCAGCCGCCAGCCGCCGCGUCCUCCAGCCUUGCAGCAGGGAAGGGAGGCGAUCGCCGCGGCGGUGGCGGCGGCGGCGGAGGAGAUGGAGACGCCGCCGCCGCCACUGCCACCACAGCCUGCGUCGCCCGGGUCUGGGGCUCGCCUAGCCGGCGCAACCAGGGAGCAGCUCCGCGCCGGGGCCGCCCGCGCCCGCUCCGGCUAAGCUGCCCCUCCGCCGGGACGACGGCGCAGCCCGAGGGACCCCUGCGCUCCGCCUGCCCGCCAGCGGCUCCGUCCGCCCUCCGCCAGGCUGCCAUGCGGGCACCAGGCUCUGCCCGGCCGGGGCAACUUCGCCGGGACUCCGCCGACCCCCGACGGGACUCUACGCGCAGCCCAGCGCAGGGCCGGGACUCUCCCCGGCGGAGCAACGGCCGGGCGCGGAUAAAGUUAAACUUCUGCUGCGGAGACCGAAGAGGAAGAGGCGCCGGCGGCUUCUCCCGCUUCCCCCGCCGCUGUCCGGGCUGGUGGGCGUUGCUCUGGGUCCAGCUCCACGUGUGGCGCGCCCUGGCGCAAGAUGACGUCGCCCCCUACUUCAAGACGGAACCCACUUUGCCUCAGACGCACCUGGAAGGAAACCGCCUUAUCCUCACCUGCCUGGCAGAAGGAAGCUGGCCUCUGGAAUUUAAGUGGCUGCAUAACGACAUGGAAAUCACAGAGUUCUCCAGGGAAUAUAAAUACGUCAUUCCUUCCUUGAAAAAAUCGGACGGUGGUUUUUAUCAGUGUGUCGUGCGGAACAGAAUGGGGGCUCUCUUGCAGAGGAAAUCAGAGGUUCAGGUGGCAUACAUGGGAAAUUUCCAGGAUGAGAAUCAGUGGGAAACCGUGCCUGAAGGACAAGCUGCUGUCCUUAACGUCCCCCACAUCCCCAGUUACCCCAAACCGCAAGUCACGUGGUUCAGAGACGGGCACAAGAUUAUACCCAGCAGCAGAAUAACCAUCACCCUAGAGAACCAGCUGGUCAUUCUUGCAACAUUGCCAACUGAUGCCGGGAAGUACUACGUCCAGGCGGUGAAUGAAAAGAACGGAGAGAACAAGACGAGUCCGUUGAUUUACCUGAACAUCACAACAGUUCCGUCAGCUUCUCCAGCAAAUGUGUCCGCUGAAGCCGUGAGUUCCACUCAGAUCCUUUUGACAUGGUCAGCCGUGCCCGAACCUGAGCAAAACGGGCUCAUCCUGGGCUACAAGGUUUUGUACAAGGCCAGAGACGUUCAAAGUCAACCAAGCAGCCAGGUGGUCCGGGGGAACCACACGCUUUCAGUCCUGCUGGCUGCCCUGCAGAAGUACGUGGUGUAUGAGAUUCAGGUGCUGGCCUUCACCCGCAUCGGAGAUGGACUUCCCAGCAAUCCACCAGUCACUGAGCGAACGAAGGACGAUGUGCCCGGUCCUCCAGUCCGUUUGGUUUUCCCUGAAGUGAGGCUGACGUCGGUGCAAAUUAUGUGGCAGCCCCCUGAGGAACCCAAUGGAAUUAUUCUUGGGUACCAGAUUGCUUACCGUCUGGCCUCCAGCAGCCCCAACAAGUUCACCACGGUGGAAGUUGGCUCCUCCGUUCAACAGUUUGCAGCUACGGAUCUCAUCCCUGAAUCCGCCUACAUUUUCCGCGCUUCGGCCAAAACCCGCCAGGGUUGGGGAGAGCCCUUGGAAGCCACUGUGAUCACUACGGAAAAGAGAGAACGGCCAGCCCCUCCCAAGGAAUUAAAGGUCCCUCAGUCCGAAGUCACAUCCCGGAGUCUCCACCUGCACUGGGUCCCUGGAAGCGACGGUUCUUCUCCCAUCCGUUACUUUACCAUUCAGUUGAAAGAGCUCCCGAACGGAGACUGGAAAACCUACUCUUCAUCUGUCAAUCACAAAGCGACCUCCUGUUUGAUUGACAGGUUGAACCCCUUUACCUCUUACAAGCUGCGCCUGAAAGCCACCAACGAUGUCGGAGACAGCAAUUUUGGUGCCGAGACGGAGGCAGUCACUACCCUGCAAGAUGUUCCAGAUGAACCACCAAAUUCCGUGUCUGUGACCCCGUACACAACAUCCUCGGUCCUCGUACAGUGGCAGCCUCCAAAGUUAGAGAGCCUAAAUGGUCUUCUUUUGGGAUAUCGUAUUUAUUACCGGGAGCUGGAACCCGAAAACACGAGACCAGGAACAGAGUCCAAAGUCCUUAAAAACCCAUCGGCUCUGCGAGCCGAAAUUACAGCCCAAAGCAUCUUCAAGGCGGUGAACAGCAGCUCGUCCUUAACAACCUACGAAUUAACAAAACUGAAAAAGUACAAGAGGUAUGAAGUGGUCAUGACAGCAUAUAACAUCAUUGGGGAAAGCCCCACCAGCACCCCUGUGGAAGUCUACGUUGGAGAAGCAGCUCCCGCCAUGCCUCCCCAGAAUAUCCACAUCACUGCCGUCUCUGCAAGCCAGCUGGAGAUCACCUGGGAGCCGCCUCCUGUGGACAGCCAGAACGGAAACAUUCAAGGCUACAAGGUCUAUUAUUGGGAGAAAGACGGUCAGAAUGACACUGAAAAAGUGAAAGUUCUCUUCCUACCGGACACAAGCAUCCGGCUCAAAAACCUGACCAGUUUCUCCAAGUACCUGGUCGGGAUUUCUGCUUUUAACGCGGCAGGGGAUGGACCCAAGACAAGCCCUGCGGAAGGAAGGACGCUCCAGGCAGCCCCAGGAGUCCCCAGUUUCUUGAUCUUCUCCGAAAUCACUUGCUCGGCACUAAACGUGUCUUGGGGAGAGCCAACAGCCGCCAAUGGGAUCUUGCAAGGUUAUCGAGUGAUCUAUGAACCUUUGGCCCCAGUUCAAGGGGUGAGCAAAGUGGUGACCGUGGACAUCCAGGGUAAUGGGCAGCGCUGGCUGAAAGUCAGAGAUCUCACCAAAGGAAUGACCUACUUGUUCCGAGUUCAAGCCAGGACUAUCAUCUAUGGACCCGAAUUGCAAGCCAACAUCACCGCUGGGCCAGCGGAAGGAUCCCCUGGCUCUCCACAGCAUGUGCUGGUCUCCAAAUCCACCUCUGGACUCACUUUGUACUGGACGGAGGGAGCUUCCGGAGUGAAACCCAUCACUGGCUACGUCAUAGAAAGUCGACCUUCAGAUGAAGGCGUGUGGGACCUGUUUGUGAAGAACAUCCCACGGGGCGCUACAUCCCACACGGUCAGCCUGGACCAGUUGAAAGAAGGAGUAAGCUACCAGUUCCGGGUGGUGGCGGUGAAUGAGUUUGGAUACGGAGAACCCAGCGCAGCUUCUGUAGCCAUCUCAGCUCACACAGGAUCGCCUUUCUACGAAGAGUGGUGGUUUUUGCUGGUGGUGGCCCUCUGCAGCCUCAUCCUCAUCCUGAUGGUCAUCUUCGCAUUGGUCUUACACAACCAGACUAAGAAGUACCGAGACAACAGCACAGGAAAAAAUGUGUCCGGCGUGGAAGAGACGGUCACUCUGGACAAUGGGGGGUUUACAUCUCUGGAGCUCAACAGCAGGCAUCUCAAUGUCAAAAAUACUUUCUUGAAGAAGAACGGAACCAGAUCGCCACCUCGCCCGAGCCCUGGAGGCCUACAUUAUUCAGAUGAGGACAUCUGCAACAAGUACAAUGGGGCCAUCUUGGCAGAAAGCAUCGCUCUCACCGAGAAGCCCUUGGACGCUUCAGAGUCGGAAGGGACGGACUCCGACUACGAAGAUGAGCUGCCAAAGCAUUCGUUCGUCAACCACUACAUGAGCGACCCCAGCUACUACAAUUCGUGGAAACGCCAGCAAAAGGGCACAAAGCAUUCGACGCCUUACAGAUACGAGGAGCGGGUGGGGAGCGAGGCCGAACCGUACUUCCAGACUGUGAUCACCACGCAGAGUUCGGGCGGGGUCUACACGCCGACAGGGCAGCCCACUCCGGGUUCAAGGACUCCCGUGACAGGGUUCUCUUCCUUCGUCUAGCACCCGCGCAAAAAGAGCAGCGGCCUCAAAUUCAGCGGCCCGGCCAAGGUUGGGGUCGACGGCGGCCCAUCCCGACGCGACUCUGGGCGGCACAGAACAGGCAGUGAACUGGGGGUAUCUUUCUCUUUAUCAGGGUAGAAUGGAUGUACAUGUGAAUGUCUUUGGGGUGUCCUUUUUUCUUUCUUUUUUUUCAAGACAAUCAACACUUUAAGACACGGAGCUGAUGAGUUUGCUUUGAUUUCUUCUUCUUCUUCUCCCCCUUUGAAAAUCCCAUCAAUGAUCAAAACCGGACCAUUUUAACCACUUUGGAAUAUGAUUUAAAAGAAUUUUUUAAAAAUAAAACUAUGCUUUUUUAAUGUC